GUCGGACGCGCUGGGGUCGUUCCGCUCCGCCGGAGGCUUCCGGUUUCUGUCGCCAGGGUGCGCAGUGAAAAGAAGAUGGCGGCCCCCGUCCUUCGCCGGACCGUCGGCAGAGAAAUGGUUUGGGCCUGUCGACGAAGCGUUUCCCGUUCCGCGGGUCCGUCCCGAUACUGCCUGGAGACGGUCAGGAGACACGACUACGAGAACUUCCUGUGCUGCUUGCUGUUGCCCCGGAAGGCGCGAGAGGCGGCCUUGGCAGUCAGGGCCUUCAACUCCGAACUGGCCCAGAUAAAAGAUGUCGUCUCCAAUCCGACUAUCGGAAUGAUGCGAAUUCAGUUUUGGAAAGACACUAUGGACAAAAUUUAUCAGGGUUAUCCACCUCAACAACCAAUUGCCUUAGAAUUAUUUAGGGUAAUUCAGUGCCAGAAACUAUCUAAGCAUUGGUUCUCUCGUCUAAUAGAAAGCAGAGAAAGAUCGUUGCACAAUACACAGUAUCAAGUGAUGUCUGAUGUUGAACAAUAUGCUGAAGAGUCGGUUUCUUCUAUUUUUUAUCUUCUACUUCAAGCAAAUGGAGUUAAUAGUUUAUCUUGUGAUCAUGCUGCAAGUCAUUUGGGAAAAUGUCAAGGCAUUUUAAACUUGAUUCGAAGUAUUCCUUAUAAUGCCUCAAAACGAAGAGUAGAUAUACCAAUUCAGGAAUUAAUAAAAUAUGACAUAUCUCAAGAAGACAUCAUCCGAGGAAGACAGAAUAAAAAUAUUACUGAUAUGAUAUAUGAAAUAGCUUCCGUUGCAAAUCAGCAUCUUCAAAUGACCAGAUCUUUGAAAAAUAAAAUCCCAAAAAAUACAACAUGUGUGUUUCUGCCUGCAAUCGUCUGCGACGAUUACCUUAAAAGACUGCAAAAAGAAGAUUUCAAUGUCUUUAGCCCAAAAUUAACCGUAAGAAACAAUAACUUGCCGUUAGUAUUAUGGUGGAAAAAAUUUCUGGGUAAAUAUUGAAUUUCUGCUGAAAUAAAAGUUUGUUCACAGAUUACUUGUAAAUACUUUAGAUAAUUUAAUAAAUUUGACA